UGGUUGGGUUAUCUGUUCCACUCCACUGUUCGUUCCUCACAAAAUGCCGAUAGCAAUGGCGGACGCAAGUUCUCUCUCUUGGCACCCACUCUCCUCUGCUUCAGUUCUCCUCAGCGGUGUAAGAUUAGGGUCAGAAAUCGAAAGGUCUCGCACACUGCGUUUGCAAUGAGAAAUGGGGGAAGAAGCGCUCCGUCCUUCGCUGGUUUAGCCUCUAGAGAUGGGAAGAAUUUGCCAGAGAUGGAUCUGAGAUUUCCCCGAGACUACUCCGAGCUUAUCGAGCAGGCAAAGGUUGCAACUGAGUUUGCUUUGAAAGACAACAAGCAGUUGCUGGAAAUUGAGUUUCCCACUUCUGGUCUUGGAUCAGUACCAGGUGAUGGAGAGGGAGGAAUAGAAAUGACAGAGAGUAUGCAACUGAUUCGGGAAUUUGUUGACCGCUUUGUAGCUCCAGAAAAAUCUACACGAACUAGAAUUUUUUUCCCAGAGGCAAAUGAAGUAGAUUUUGCAAGAAGAACAUUCUUUGAAGCAACUUCAUUUAAGCUGGACUACUUGACCAAACCAUCAUUAUUUCAAGAUUUUGGUUUUGUGUCAAGAGUUAAAAUGUCUGAUCGUGUCAAGCCAGAGGAUGAAUUGUUCUUGGUUGCUUACCCAUACUUCAACGUUAAUGAAAUGCUUGUCGUUGAAGAGCUAUAUGAAGAAGCAGUCAUGAACACCACAAGAAAGCUAAUAAUUUUUAAUGGCGAGCUUGACAGAAUAAGAAGUGGAUAUUAUCCUUCAUUCUUCUAUCCCAAACUGGCUUCACUCACCAAGACCUUCCUUCCCAAGCUAGAGACAGUUUAUUACAUCCACAAUUUCAAAGGGCGGAAUGGAGGAACUCUGUUCAGGUCUUAUCCGGGUGCAUGGCAGGUACUGAGAAAACUGGGCGACACAUUUAUAUGCUUGCAUCAGCAGGAAGAAAUGCCUUCCCUGAAGGAAGUUGCUCUUGAGAUUCUUCCAUCAGCUUAAACAAAAGUUUAUGGUUUUUAUUAGUUAAAAAAAUCCAUUUUUUUUUUGUAUGAGUUUUGAAUGUUAUUUUAUUUACAAAAUAUUUAUCUUCUAAUUUUAAUAUUUAUGUCUUAUGAUUUUGAUAAAAUAAUUAUUCAGCUCCCUCCAAAUUUUUUGAUCCUAUGGAAGCUCGAUUCAAUUACUCGACAAGCGACUCGAAGUGCGGACUCGAACUUGGACGUAGAUGCGGGCAGGCUCGGACUUGGAGAUGUGGGAUCGCAGGGCGGAGGCGAACUUUGACACGGAAUGUGUGCUCGAAUGCGAAAUCUAGAGCCGACACAAAGAAGCAGGCACGGACGCGGAACGAGCGGGCUUGGACACGGAAUUGAGCCUCUCGACGAGCUCAUUUUUAGUGUCACGAGUUGAGUUCGAGCUCAUCUUUUGAGCUGGACUUGAGUUCAAGCUCGGAAUUUGGCUUGCGAGUCGACCUCGAGUUAGACGUGACUUAAGCUCGACUUAAUUCAACUCGAUUGCACCCCUACUCUAGGUAAUGAUUUCUAGAUAUUGAGAAACCCCACAGUAAUUGAAUUUAAUCAUUGAAUCAUUCUCUUUUGAUGAUGCUCUAAAUAAUAAUCUAAGGGUAAUGAUGUAGCUA